AUGCUACAUCCCAUCCCUCCUACACCAACCCAAUUUCUCACGAUCAAUGGGCCAUUCAUGAUUGUCACAUCAGCGAGGCGAGUAACAGGCCGGGUCGGGACCUUGGCCAGCAGUUACAGAUUUACCCGCCUUCAAAGAUGUCGAACGAUUAGCUCCGAUGCCGCGUCUCCCGAUGACCGGCCGUCGCUCAAGAAGCGCCCGCAGUUCCGCGACUACUUCGUUACCUAUCUACCAUCAUCAUCACUACACCCGGACCCUCGGGGACCGACCUCCCCCUUUCACAAACUCCCUCGUUCAGCAUCUAUACCACAUACCGGCGAAACCCCGCACUCCCCGACCUCGUUCCAGCAACUACACCAUUACGGUGCCGUCACUGCCCGCGGUACCCGCCCGGCCAACGAAGAUACAUACCAAGCCGGCGUGAUUGAUGUUCCUGCAUUUGCGAAACGCCCUCCAGCAUCAUUGACCAUAAAACGCUCUAAGAGUCCCCCGCGCGAGUCCCGCGGGGCGCAGACUGCCACGGGCGACCCUCAAGUCUUCUACUUUGGUAUCUUCGACGGCCAUGGCGGGUCGGAGUGCAGUACAUUUCUAAAGGAAAAUCUUCACGAAUAUAUUCAAGACACUGCCGCGGAAUUUGAAGUCAGCUCGAUUCUUCGAAACAAACAGUUGCAGAUAGGCGGGGUUGAUUCCUUGCCAGUUUUACAGGCGGGAAACCGCAAGCGCAUCGGAGACCUUGAGAAGAGUCUUGUACAGAAUUGGAGACGCCUAGUUGGUGGCUAUUUUAAGCGAUUCAAGCCCGCAACGUUUUCCUACUAUGGAUCCGAUAGCGACGUGGACGCGGAGACCGCGCCCGAUGGGAAAGUUUCCAUUGAGGAAAUCCUAGAGUAUGCGUUUCUGCGUGCCGAUCUCGAUUUUGUGAAAGCGCAAGCUGCCAAGCGGGAUGACGAUCUUGUUCUAGCCGAAAAGCCUUUGAACGAGGACGAGAUCCUCCACAGCCCGAGCUUGACCAGAAGUCCCAAGAUUGGUGGCCGCUCGCGAUUCAAGGGUGGUAGUACAGGAACUACUGCCAUGAUCUCGACACCCUCGCCAACUCCCUUUUGGCAUCCCGCUGCCCCGUCAAGUCUACUUGUCUCCCAUGUUGGUGACACAAGAGCCUUGCUGUGUUCGACCGACACAGGCGAGGCUAUACCGGUUUCUUCCAACCACCACCCAUCGUCGCCUAUCGAGGCGGCUCGACUUCGCCGGUAUGCUACGACCUUUGUCACCGACUCCUUCGGCGAAGAGCGCAUGAGUGGACUCGCAAAUACUCGCGCAUUUGGAGAUGUACAGUCAAAGCGUAUUGGUGUCUCCGCGGAGCCAGAGCUCAAUCGCAUCGAGAUGGGCCCCGCUGAAUUCUCGUUUCUGGUCAUGAUGUCGGAUGGUAUCAGCGGCACACUCCUGGAUCAAGAGAUUGUGGAUAUCAUCAAAGAGGCCAAGACCCCCGAGCAAGGUGCCCGUGACGUGGUGGGUUUCGCUACGGAGGUCUCUAGGGAAGGAGACAAUGCCACUUGUCUUGUUGUUCGGCUUGGCGGUUGGGAACGGCGACAAGAAGGAGGCGUGGGAAGCUUGGGGACGAAGGAGUCUCGCGAGUGGCGACGUCAGGAUGCCACUGAUCCGCGCAGGUCACGGACGUGA